AUGACGCGAUUUCCCCUUCGACUCCCCCUUCGUCACUUCAGCUUCCGCCAGUUUUCAAUCAGCAGCAGCAGUUUUGGAAGAAUUCGAGAAUUGAACGAUUUCGACGAGUUUUUCGAAUGGACGAGCGAGGAGAAGAUUUUGGUUUAUUUCUAUGCUGAGUGGUGUAAUUUACGCGGAUUUCAAAUUGAAGAGCCCUGCAAGGAAUCGACAAGAGCGCUAGAAAAAUGCGUCAAAAGUUCAAAAGCUGAGCUGAUAAAAGUCGAUUUUGACGAGUACGAUGACAUUUCAGCGCAUUAUACAGUCGAUUAUCUUCCUCAAACCCUCCUUAUUGCGAAAAAUAAAGAACUCGAUCGUUUUAUUGGAAACAAAGAUGAAGAAUUCAUCAAAGAAUUUCUGAAGAAAAACGAUUUGUGA